CAGCGCUUCAGUCUGUGGUUGUGAACGGGAAGUGCGGAGUGUGUGCGUGUGUUUGAGCUGGAAAAUAAUGAGGCGUUCGAAACGCUUCCACACUUUGUGUUUUAGUCUGACGUUUUUAGUUAUUGAGAGACGCGUGUGCAUCUGCUGUGUGUGAGUGUUAUACGUUUUGUCUGGAGAGGCAGAAAACGGACAGCUGUGGUUCACCUCCAUCACAUCAACUGCUACUGCAAAACAAACAGCCUCUAAUAAUAAAGAUGCACAGGAUGAGCCAUAAGCGCAGUAAAUGAACACUUUGACGGGAAUCUUGCAGUGACAUCAUGAAUUUGGUCCGUCUUGUGUGUCGUCACAAGACAGCCCUGGCACUCGGCGUCUUCUUCCUAUUCGGCGUCGUCCUUUUAUUCCUCGCCAAAUGUACGUCCGAGACGCUGAAGCCGGCUGAGUCCCCAGGGGUGGCGCCGCGGGCCGAGUCCCGUCAGAAGCCGCCGGCUGGACUCCCUCAAGCCAAAGAGCUCUCCACAUUCCUGGUCAUUCUUAUCACCACAGGCCCGAAGUACACCGAGCGUCGUAGCAUUAUCCGGAGCACCUGGCUGACCAAACAGGAUCCCGAAGUGCUCUAUUGGUUUGUGAUCGGCACUGAGGGUUUACCCGCCGAAGACCUCCAGAACCUCGGAACGGAGCAGAUCCGUCACCAUGACCUCCUCUUGCUCUCCGACCUCCGGGAUUCGUACGAGAACCUCACGCAGAAACUGCUUCACAUGUACUCCUGGUUGGACCAAAACGUGGACUUUAAAUUCGUUCUGAAAGCCGACGACGACACCUUCGCCCGCUUGGAUCUUCUCAAGGAGGAGUUGAAGAGCAAGGAGCCCAGCCGACUCUACUGGGGCUUCUUCUCUGGCCGCGGGAGAGUGAAAACGGCCGGGAAAUGGAAAGAAAGUGCCUGGGAACUGUGCGACUAUUACUUACCUUACGCUCUAGGUGGAGGCUACGUGCUGUCCGCCGACCUCGUGCACUACGUCCGUCUCAACGUGGGGUUUCUAAAGACUUGGCAAAGUGAGGACGUGUCCUUGGGCGCCUGGUUGGCCCCCGUGGACGUGAAGCGGAUUCACGAUCCGCGCUUCGACACGGAGUACAAGUCGCGCGGCUGCAGCAAUAAGUACCUGGUCACUCACAAGCAGAGUUUAGAGGACAUGUUGGAGAAGCAUCAGACACUACAGCGAGAUGGGCGUCUGUGCAAAGAGGAAGUCAAACUGAGGUUGUCCUACAUUUACGACUGGAACGUCCCGCCUUCCCAGUGUUGCCAACGCAAAGACGGCAUCCCCUGACUUGUCUGUGACCUUACGUAUUUUUUUCCACUUGCUAUUUAUUUAUUUAUUAUCAAUGUCGUGUGUCGAGCCGAAACAGCAUUUCCUAACCUUUCGAAAAGGCUUUUUAAGUUAGAAAUGUGGGAGAUGGUUUUACAAAAACGCUGCUUUUUUUGAGAUUGAGAUGCUUUUCCCUUAUUUGGGGCAAAUAGAUUUUUGUUAAAGUGAUCUUUGAGAUCAUUUCUGCUGUAUUCUCUCCAUACACCUUAUGUACUUGAUGUCCACCGAUCGAAUUCUCCAUCGAAUCAUUCGUUUAUAAUCCUGAGAUGUGUAGAGUGUGUUUGUUGUAAUGAAUUUACAUGGAUAUGAAAAGGAGAGGCCAGACUAGUGGUUUAUUAUUAUCAGGAAAGAAACUUGAAGAUAAAUGUUCAUAUAUCUAAAAACAGAUGUUUUCCAAUGUGUUAGAGAACCUGAGAUGGUUUUCUUUGUGAGUUUUGCUCACAGAUUUGCCAUAUGACACUAAAGCUGUCUUGGAGAUUAGAGAACUUGGCCGCCAAGUUUUGCAGUGUUUCUAGUAUUUUAUGUGUUGUGACUGAGUUGUAAAUACCUCAGAUUUUAUUAAACAUUUUUGUUGUUUUUACACCACACCAGUCCACUUGUAUGAUUUUGUAUAAUAUGUGAUCAUAUUUACAUCUAUAUGGUGAAAUUAUGCAAGAAUCAGAAACUGUGGUAAUUCUAUAUGAGGUGAAACAUUUCCCCACAAACAUUUGUUAACCUUUGAACAUCCAGAUUUGCAUUGUUUAGCAAUAUGUGACCCUGAACCACAAAACUAGUCAUAAGGGUCAAUUUUUUUAAAUAAAUAAGCUUUCCAUUGAAGUAUGGUUUGUUAGGACAAUAUUUGUCUGAGGUACAACUA